GGCAAAACAGAGCAGAGCAGAGUCUCGUGAGUCAUGAGCAGGGGAUGAAGCUCCCGGCGUGGCUCACCGCCGUGCCGCCGGACCCCCGCGUGUACGGUGACCUCAUCCAGCGCUGCGCGAACGCCGGCCACCUCGUUGCCGGCAGGCAGCUCCAUGCCCGCCUCGCCACCCUCUCUGUGAUCCCCUCCAACUUCCUCGCCUCCAAGCUCAUCUCACUCUACUCCAGAACCGGGCGCCUGCACGACGCCCGCAGGGUGUUCGACGCCAUCCCGCAGCCCAACCUCUUCGCCUGGAACGCCAUCCUCAUCGCGCUCUCCCUCCACUCGCCCCAGCCCUCCGCGGCUCUUCGCCUCUUCGCGGCCUCCGGCGUGUCCCCCGACGAGGUCACCGUCUCCGCGCUCCUCAAGUCCCUCGCCGCGUCCGGGCCGGACCUGUCCCCUCUCGUCGCCGGGGAGCUCCACGCCCUCGCGUUCCUGCGCGGGUUCGGCGCGGACCUCUUCGUGUCCAAUGGGCUCAUCACCGCCUACGCUAACGCUGGCGACAUGCGCUCCGCUCGCGCGGUGUUUGAUGAAAUGCCACGAAAGGACGUCGUGUCCUGGAACUCUCUUGUAUCAGCGUACGCCCGUGGAGGAUGGUACGAAGAGUGUUUGGAGUUAUUCCAUGAGUUGGUGCAGGCUUGCGCUGGUGGUGGCGUUCGGCCAAACUGUGUCACGGUGACAAGUGUGCUGCAUGCUUGUGCCCAGCUCAAGGCUGUUGAUUUCGGGGUCUAUGUGCUCCGGAUUGCUAAUGAGAGUGGGCUUGAUAUGGACAUUGCAGCAUGGAACUCAGUUGUAGGGUUUUACGCCAAAUGUGGGCGGUUGAAGUAUGCUCGACAGUUGCUUGAAAGGAUGCCUAAGAAAGACACGGUCAGUUACAGCGCCAUGAUUACUGGUUACAUGAACAAUGGGCAUGUUGAUGAAGCAAUGGAUCUUUUCCGUCAAGCAGAUGCUAAAGGCAUCAACACGUGGAAUGCGUUGAUUUCUGGAUUGAUACAAAAUGGACGCCAGUCUGAUGUUCUUGGAUUGCUUCAUGAGAUGAUGGGUGCUGGGAUACUGCCCAAUACAGCUACUCUUUCAAUCAUCAUGCCCUCAGCACCGUUGUUCUCAACCCUAUUGGGAGCAAAGCAAGCUCAUGGUUAUGUGAUAAGAAAUGAUUAUGAUCAGAGCAACAAUGUUGUCAGUGCAUUGGUCGAUGCUUACUCAAAGGCUGGAUUUCUUGAUAUGGCCAGGAAGGUGUUUGAAUUGUAUGAGAAUAGAAGCACAAUUGCCUGGACAUCGAUCAUUUCGGCUGUCGCAGCUCAUGGAGAUGUUAUGGAGGCACUGGAUCUGUUCAAUCAGAUGGUCAGUGCUGGCAUUAGGCCUGAUACUGUAACUUUUACUGUCGUGCUUACUGCAUGUGCUCAUGCGGGCAAGGUAACCGAAGCUCGUCAAAUUUUUCACUCCAUGCAAGCUAUGUUUGCUGUCAGUCCUGUGAUGGAGCAGUAUGCUUGCAUGGUUUCAUUACUCAGCCGUGCUGGUAUGCUUAAGGAUGCACUUGACCUUGUAAACAAGAUGCCUUUUGCGCCAAAUGCAAAGGUCUGGGGUGCACUGCUUAAUGGAGCAGCAGCAGUUGGUGAUGUUGAGCUUGGUCGGUUUGUGUUUGAUCGAUUAUUCAUGAUAGAGCCUAAGAACACAGGUAACUACAUUGUGAUGGCUAAUCUGUACUCAAAUGCUGGCAAAUGGGAAGAAGCUGAAAUCAUAAGGAGCAUGCUGUGGGGAGUUGGAUUGGAAAAAAUUCCUGGGUGUAGUUGGAAUUGAGGGGUUCUAUAGUCUGCUAGAAAUGGUUGCUGCAGAUACAUUGUUAGCAAAGUGGCAACAAAAACUUAAUUUGGUUGUUGGUUGAUUAAUGAGAUUAAAUUAUAGACAAGAGCCUGGCAUCAACCUAACUGUUGAAUGGAGACAAUUUAUAGUGAUGACAUUCAAUAGAUCUAAUAGUUGAGAUGUUAUUUUCAAUCCUGAUAGGUACCAGCCUUUUGGAGUUACAUGGACCAUCGUAUUCCACACCUGAUGGUCAAUCAUAUUGAUUUGAUUGAGCAACAAAUUCUUGGACGACAACCAAUGAGAGCAUUGCUUCCAUGAUAUUCUUAUCUGAACCUUUUGUACUAUGAGCUGAGAAUACUUUUCUUAUCUUUAUUUGCUAUUUCUAGGACGCCAAUUACCGAAGCAACAUAUAAUUUCAUGAUCAUGGUUUCUUAGAACCAAGAGCAGUCUAGUUUUAAGCUUCAGGAUGUCAAGCAUGAUCUGUUCCUUCUUGAUGAAAUACUAAUAUCAAGGUGCAGAAGAAUCCAUUCCAUAAA